AGGACAUUUGCUCACAGCGCUUCACAUCUUUCGUCUUUAUCUUGCUCAAAACGCUUGCAGCCCAUCUCCCUGCUCAUAUCCAACUACUGCCAACAGUCCCUGAUGGCCUCGCAACAAGCUUGCAUGGGUUUGGUGGUGUCAGUCAGUGCCACACAGUUUGGCACUGACUGGGCAAAGUCCACCUAUGGAGACGAGUGGGACACAAAGAAGUUGCCAGGAACUGUGGUGGAGUACAAGCCUGCCAGGGGCAAGAAUCCGGAGAAGUGGGGUCUCCGCUUUGAGGGAGACCCCAAGAUCUACAUGUUUCCGAAGGAGACAAUGCUCCAGUUUGGGGCACCCCCUCGGCUGCUUGAAGGGGGGGGUGCAUCUGGCAGCGAAGGCCCCGCAGGAUCUAUAGAUCUGAGGAGCCCAGUUGCUGACCAGGCAGGGGGCAGCAACGCAAGGGCAGCUGGAAAGGCCCCUGCUGCAGCUGCAAGCGGAAGGCCAGUCAGGCAGCUGCGGGUAAGGCCCGCAAGCAAGCUGGACUUCGACAAGUCUAGCUCGGAGACUGACUCAGAGCCUGAGCCAAACUCUGAGGAGGUGGACGGGGGUGUGGGUUCGGAGGAGGAGGAGGAGGAGGGAGGGGGGGAAGCGGAGGGUGCUGACGACCAGGCAAGGCAGCGCCCCCGCCAGCCACGUAAUGUCACCUUUGCCAAGCGGAAGGAGAAGAAGAAGGGCCGGAAGAAGGUUUCUAAGGAGCUCAUGGCGGGUGAAUCAAGCGGGUCGGAAGAGGACGUUUUCAGUGAUGCGGAGCUUGAAGAGGAGGGGGUUGGCCCUUUGGAGCAAGAGGAGAGCGAGGCGGGGCCGAGCGGGGAGAUGCAAUGGGAACCCGUCCGCGAGGGUGACAAUGUUGAGGAUCUGCAGCCCCCAGAGUUCACAGGGCCCCAGCGCAGGGUGAAGGGGGUGAGCCCGGGUUCACACCCCUGCAAGUCUUCUUCCUGCUCGUGCCCAUGCACUGGUGGGAGGACGUGGUGA